AUGCAAGUGCGUUUAUACAAGGAGACCGGUGUCGAAGUAUCUGUUCGUACUGUCCAACGCUACAUGAAGAAGCUUGGUGUCAAAUUACUCCAAAAUGAUCUUUUGGACGGCAAAGUCACCAUCAAUCGAGUCCUUGAAGCAAUAACCAAUGCGCGAGAAAAUCUUCUCCAAAACAAUGCUGGAUAUCGUAGGAUGAGAAUGAUACUCAUGAGGCAUUAUAAUAUCAGAGUUCCCCGACAAAAUUUUUAUUAUGCCCUUAAACAAAUAGAUCCUGAUGGAAUGGCCUUGCGACUCCGUCAAGCUUGUAAAAGACAUAUCUAUCGGACUCUUGGCUCCAAUCACAUUUGGGCUUGUGAUGAGCAUGAUAAGUUGAAGCCAUUUGGCAUCACAAUCUAUGGAUUCAUUGAUGCUUGGUCUCGAAAGAUCUUAGGCAUGUUUGUUCAUGUUACCAACAACAAACAACCCCCGCCAUAUCGCUUGCUACUUUCUUCAUCUUGCAUCGAAGGCUGGUGGAUUACCACUCAAUGUGAAGCAGCCCGACCGUCAGGCGCAACAGAGGAGCUCAAAGCACUCCUCUGUCAAGCCCAAGACAGUCAGAAAGUCUUACAGAAGUUAAUCCCUUGCAAGGAAUUAGAAGAAUUCGUCAAGGGCUGGAACCCUUGGACGAUCAAGAAAGAACUCUAUCCAAGCGCGCCAAAGAAAAACGACGGGAAGAAGCGCUCCUCCUCCUCCAAAGAGGUGAAGCAGCUUUACAACGACCCAAACCGCUGGAAAAAGGUUAUGAGGGGUUGCAACACCCUCGAGGCGGCAUACCGCCACAUGGCGGAUUAG